AUGUUAGUAGAGUGGGCUUUAGAAAUAGGAACAAAGAAAAAAGAGGGAACAGAGAAAGAAGAGGAGGAUGAGGAAGCAGUGGAAGGAUAGGACGAAGAGGGUGGAGAGAACAGAGAGGAUGGAGAUGGAGAAGAUUUAAUAAAUAUUAUUAAUAUCAGCUUGAAUUUUGUAUCUUUGUUUGAGAUGAAUUAAUAAAUAUGUCUUUUAUUAAAGGUUGAACGUAAAUGCCUGAUUCUUUCUUCUAUUUUUUUCCGAGGAUAGGGAAGCGGGGGAGUUAUCUAAGUUUAAAAGUGCAUUAAGAGGGACCAUGCCGUUUUUUUCUUUCCUGGAAGGGGUCAUAACUAUUUGUUAUAUUUACUUAUGGAUUCUUCCAGCAUACUCCUUGGCACAAAUAAUGAACGGUCUUUUAGUUUAUCAAAAUUAUUUCCUGUCCUCUUGCCUUAUACCCUAAAUAUCAUGUUUAGUCUGUACUUGUAUUCAAUCCGAUUAAUUCUUUGGCACCAUUCUGGUUUUCUGAAUAAAGAUCUAAGAAAAGAGUUAAUCUUCUUGGUUCAAGCUUUAACUUAGUGUCGACUCUUUACUGUCAUUAUUUUUUAAUUUCAGAAAAUCGUAAGGUUUUAAACGACGUAGAAUUCUUUGACUUCAACGAAAAGAGAUGGCGCGCAAUCGCACCUAUGAUAAUUCCACGCAAGUACGCUGGUUGCGCAUUUCUAGAUGGUCAGCUGUAUGCCGUGGGAGGAGUGAACAGGGAGUACGCUGACCUAGUGACCGUGGAGAGUUACAACCCUUGUGCGGGCCAGUGGAAUUCUGUUGCUUCACUAAACAAAUGCAAA